AUGUCUUCAACCCCCGAAUAUCAGCCUUUUCUCAAAUACUCGGACGACCCGACGACCGAAGAGCCAACAUCUCCAAGCCGGCCAUCGACCCCUGCGACGACCGCCUCCCAAGACGCUGCCCUUUCCCCGUCGCCAGCUUCUUAUGGGACUGGCCAGCGACACAAUAUAACCACUGGUAGAAAAAGAAUCUCUUGCGGUAACACGACAAAAGAGGCAAGAGCCAAAGGCUGCAAGUACGAUGUCCUGUUGAAUCACUGGGUCCCGGCUCUGUGCUUUGACAAAGACUCGGUCGACGAAUAUCAAGAAGAUGCUAGCUGGGGUGCAUUUGCGGAUAAGAACAUGACGCAGCAGUUGACCAUCGAUGAGAUGUCAGAAAGGGACUUUUACUGGACUUCAAUCCGGGACCAUAUCAACCACUGCGCUAUCAUGUGGCGACGCCAAUUCUACGCUCUUUACGACGAGCGGGCUGCAAUUGACACCAUCGUCACUAGCCCUGGGCAUACCGAGCACUGCUCACAGUAUCUCAUGGACGCUGUCGAUUCGAAAUGGAAGGAACCAACAAAGACGAUGAGAGGGUUCGCGGGGUGCUGGGUACGCAAAACAUAG